AUGCAAUUUUGGAAGUAUUCUACCAGUGUUUUGGCUACACUUUUAGCCGUUGUUUCCGUUUCACAAGCAGGUGGUCCAACAGAUGGUGAAGCUGCUGCUGACCCUAAUAGUGCGGUUGUUAAGUUGACCUCUGAAAACUUUGCUAGUUUUCUUGAAGAGAACCCUUUGGUGUUGACGGAAUUUUUUGCUCCUUGGUGUGGGUACUGUAAGAUCUUGGGCCCGGAAUUUUCCAAGGCUGCUGAUACCUUGAACGAAUCUCAUCCAAAUAUCAAAUUAGCUCAGGUGGACUGUACCGCGGACGAAGCUAUAUGUAUGGAGCACGAAAUCAAAGGUUAUCCAACUUUGAAGAUUGUUAGAGACGGUGACUCUAAGAAGGCGGAAGAUUACCAAGGACCAAGAGAGCACCAAGGUAUUGUUGACUAUAUGAUCAAACAAUCGUUGCCAGCCGUGCAAGCACCAACGAGCUGGGAGGAUUUGGAAAAGGUUAUCGACGAACAAACCAAACCAUUUGUGUUGCAGGUUAACUCGGCAGCUGACGAAAUCUUCAAAAAAGUGGCCAAUUUGAAAAGAAAAGAUUUUUCUUUUAUCAAUGUUGACAAGGAGUUUUUGAAAUCUUUGGGUACAAAAUUAGGUCAAGAUUUGAAAAAGGCACAAUUUUUAGUUGUUCAUCCAAAACAAUUGACCGAUGCUGUUUUGUUUGAUGGUAAAGCAGACGUUGAAAAAUUGAGUGAAUGGAUUGAUAUUGAAACUAUCCCAUAUUUCGGAGAUAUGGACAGAGACACUUAUAUGUCCUAUAUGACUUCUCCAUUACCAAUUGCUUAUUAUUUCUACAAAACCCCAGAACAAAGAGAAGCAGUAGCUGAAGCAAUGGGCAAGUUGGGUAGAAAAUACAGAAGUAAAUUGAACAUUGUUGGUUUGGAUGCUAACUUGUUUGGAAGACAUGCAGAAGCCAUUAACAUGAACCCGGAAAUUGUGCCAUUGUUUGCUAUUCAACAUAUUGCUGACAAUAAAAAGUAUGGUGUAAACCAAACCGAGCACCCUGAUGGUCCAUCGGUUGAAGUUAUUGAACAAUUUAUCGAGGAUUACUUUAAUGAUAAAUUGACCCCAAUCAUUAAAUCAGAACCAUUACCAACCGCUGAAGAAAUCGCCGCUAAUCCCGUUGUUAAAUUAGUUGCUCAUAACUACAAGGACAUUUUGGACAAUUUGGAAAAGGAUAUAUUUGUUAAAUAUUACGCUCCAUGGUGUGGACACUGUAAAAAAUUGGCUCCAGUUUGGGAAGAGUUGGCAGAAGUUUUUGGAUCAAAUAAAGGUGCUUCCGGUGUCAUUAUUGCUGAUAUUGAUCACACGCUGAAUGAUGUUGAUGUGCCAUAUGAAAUCCAAGGAUACCCUACAUUGUUGUUGUUCCCAGCUAAUGGUGAAUUGGAUGAACGUACGGGAUUGAGAAAGCCAAUUGUAUUUGAAGGUGCAAGAGACUUGAGUACAUUAAUAGAUUUUGUUAAGGAAAAAGGUUCUUUGAAUGUCGAUGGUAAUGAGUUGAAGGCCAAAUUAGAAGAAGAGAAAGAAUCGGCUGUCGUUGAAGAAGAGAAGGAAGCUGAGAAAGAAGCAGAAGCAAAAGUUGAGCACGACGAAUUGUAA